AUGGACAAGCCAUCUAGUAAACGUCGUCGCACUGACGCAGCUACCGCUCUCUCAAAGCCGUUCAAGUCUCCGCUACGCAGACCUGCACCAACAAACACAAACGACAUGCCAUCUAAGCCUGUCGUACCCAGGACUACCGAGGACACCGAAGUCCCAGCGACUCCUAUCAUACCUGUAGAGCCGAACUCAAUAUCGAAUUCACCAGAUCCGAUGACAACUCCAGUACCUCCUAAGCGCAAACGCGUGCUACGGCUAUUUCCCCAAUUCCUCUCACAAUCGUCCCAAACCUCCGACCCAGAGAUUCUAGAACUGCAAAAACAGCAUCGAGAGAUCAAGUCAAAGGUCGAUGUGCUGAUCAACGAGCUCGAAGUAGCAACUCAGGCCCUCAACCUCGAGACCAACCCCAAAUACAUCGAGAUUCCAACUCUAAUCACCAAAUGGCGGCUCGCCAGCCAGGAUGCAGCGGAUGAGGUAUUUUUCGGUGCCAAGGAAAGGGUCAAUCGCAUGGGAGGAAUGGCGGCUUGGAAAGAGCGGUCGAAGCGUGAUGCAACUCGAUGGGAUUUUGAUGAGGAGGAUCGUGAACGGGAGCACGUUGAUGAGGGAGAGGAAGAUGUUGAGAAUUACAGUAACGGGGGUUCUUCUGGCCAUCCACUGAACAAGAACAAUGUUGAGGAGAGUCAGGAUGAGCGGAAAUGUGAUCAUGCGAAACCUUCAUGUGGCGAAUGUCGCCGCAAGGGUGCUGAAUGCUUGCCUGCUCGGUCUCGGAAAGCGGGAGAUAACAUCACAAUCCCUCUGGAAUACUUGAAACAGCUUGAGAAACGGGUCGCAGAGCUGGAUAAUGAGGCCCGUACCAUAGAAACAACGGUGAAAACAUGUGAUGCUGGAGUCCAGACGGAUUUUGAAGAUCCAGAACACAAGCGCAAUCACUUAGGCAAUGACCCGGACUAUCUGAUGGUUGAUCAGAAUAGUAGCGGAGCAGAGAAUGACGACUCUCUCAUACUCCUGUCAGACUUGCAACACAGCAGCCAAAGAUCACCUCGAACAUCUCCACCCUCCUUCUCACCUAGCGCAUUCUCUUUAUUCCCCGAGACAACUUUCGACGUUCCGUGGAUUGACUUAGAACCUUCUUAUCCUUUGAAUGAAGAUGACUCUCCUUGGCUGAGAGAGCUCUACACAAAUGUGUAUUUCUCCGUGACCCACCGCGAAUGGCCCUUCUUGAACGAAGCAGCUUGGAAGUCAUGGCAUGCUGAAGCAAUCCUGGAUGGCCAGGAUGAAUGGAAAGCUUUCUUUCUGCAGAUGGUAUAUGCUAUCGGUUCGUCCCUUUGCAGUAUUCUACAGCGAGACUCCUCGCACUCCGUCCGGUCAAAGGAGCAUUAUGCCUCGGCCAUGAGAUAUUAUCCAUAUGUUGUGGGGCAUUCGUCUAUGGUCUUACAAAUCCAAGCUUCACUGUUCAUGAUACUCUACGCCUUGCAUUCUCCUUCUUCCGAGGAUAUCGCAACGAUCGUCUCUUCUGUGUUACCUUUUUGCACAGCUGCCAUGACCGAGAUUCGGAAGCACGUAUCGAUAUGUCGCGACAAUGGAUCCAUGACUGAAUUUAGCGAAGUUUUGUCUGAGAACAUGUUCAUUACUUGCUAUAUGCUCAACGAAGUCAUUGUCUCUGGGUGGGAUCGACCAGUAUCGGCUGCCUACAAAGUUGUUGACGAUGACAUGUGCACACUGGGAAAUACCCUCCAACCAACCUUAAGCACAAACCCCGCCAUAAGCCACUUGUUCCGUCUACGCAAGAUACAAGCCAACAUCAGAAGAUCGCGGGAGAACCGGGCUCGCCAUCCCUCCGCCAAAUAUAGUAAAGACUAUAGCUCCUCAUUCAAGUCGGCCCUUGAUAGAUGGCGACAAGAAAUUCCACACUAUGAAUCAGACAAUGACCAGCAUGGCUAUCUCCAUCCUAUAUGGAUGCGAAAGCUGUAUAUUUACAGUCUCUUAAUCUUGAUAGACGAGAAACGCGAUUUCAUUGAGAUGGACGGAACAGAAGAAAUUCUCGCGACGAUUGCGGAAGUUUGUCUCAAUUUCCGGCUGUUGCAGGAAGAAGGACAUGUGAUGUGCUUUACCUGGUCUGCACUUGUAUUCCAAUUCCGAGCAGGAAUCAUGAUGCUUUACAUUGUCUGGGCGACAACCCAUAUCACUGAUAUUGAGGAUCAACAACGCAUCAGACAGAACAACCAACAGGCCAUUGCUACAUGUGCAGUUAAUCUGGCUGGCUUUGUCGACCAGUGGAAGGACGCAACGCCGUAUAUGAAGGUCUUUGAGUUCAUACGACAGAAAAUCAUGUUGAAUGCCGGGACCUUUGGAGUCAAUUCUAGUGCUCCUAUAUCACUGGAAGAGGCUGAGUUGCACUUGGAGCAGUUGAGGAAGAAUUAUUUGCACCGAGCUGUCUUGGGGAUGAUUGAAGAUAUGAUGUAUGGGAGGAGUAUACAUCAAGACUUGUUAGAGGAUGAUUUUAAAUAG